UGUUGGUAUAAACCCUGAGCCCUGAAACUGCUCCAACUGCUCCCUCAGUGAAGCUCAAAGGCACGAACAAUGUGUUCCAUUCUCCUGCUGCUGGGACUUGUCGUCCUUGCUUACAUUUUCCGUCAGGUUGUAGUUAUAGGAAAGAGCUGCAAGAGCAAUGCAAAGCUGCAUGGGAAAACCGUGAUCGUUACUGGCAGCAACACUGGCAUAGGGAAGGCCACAGCCACAGAUCUAGCUAAGAGAGGAGCCAGAGUGAUUCUGGCCUGUCGCAGCAAGCAGAGAGGAGAAGCUGCUCUCGAGGACAUCAAGAGAGAGAGCGGCAGUACUCAGGUGGUCUUCAUGCAGCUGGACCUGGGAAGCCUCAGGUCCGUCCGCAGCUUUGCAGAGAACUUCCUGAAGUCUGAACCCAGACUGGACAUCUUGAUCAACAAUGCAGGUCUCUACAUGAUGGGUCGAACAGAGGACGGAUUUGGGAUGAUGUUUGGUGUCAACCAUCUCGGUCACUUCCUGUUAACUAACUUGUUGCUGGACCGGCUGAAGGAGUGCGGGCCAAGCAGGGUAGUAAAUGUGUCAUCGACGGCACACAACUGGGGAAGAAUUGAUUUUGACUGCCUGAACACCCACAAAGCUCUGAGGGAAGGGACGUCUUUAGUAGAAAGCUUAGGAGUGUACGCUGAUAGUAAGCUGUGUAACGUUCUCUUCACUCAUGAGCUGGCCAAGAGACUGCAGGGAACCAAGGUCACUUGCUACUCCCUCCACCCAGGUGGCAUCAAGACUGAGCUGGCCAGGAACGCAAACUCAAUCCUUCAAAUUACUGUAAAGAACCUUGGAAGAUUUUUCUUCAAGAACCCGGAGCAGGGAAGCCAAACCACUCUGCACUGCGCCCUGCAGGAGGGCAUUGAACACCUCAGUGGGCGUUAUUUCUCCAACUGCACCGCGAGAAACGUCUUUGCCAAGGCCAGGGAUGAUGCUGCCGCAAAGAAGCUGUGGGAGAUCAGCGAGAGGUUCUGUGGCAUCUAAAGUGUUUCUUUGUUUCAUUAUCUUUAGCAAAUAUAUAUUUAAUUACUUCUUCUAAGACUAUAAAUAUGCCGUUAAAAAUAUAUCCACCUCAUAAGUUAUCUUGUUUAUCUCAAAGUCUAACAUUCAUUUCUUGAUGCCCCGUUAGGCUUGCAAACAACAGCAUUCCAUAAUUAGAUGAGACCAAAAUUGAAAAACGGAUUAUGCUACCUUAUUUUCUUUAUUUUUAUUUUUAUUUUUGUAUAUUACUAAAGAUUAAAGCAUGGGUUCACUGGGACAUGGACGCACCACAGAAGAUCCAAAACCCAUUUUCCACGAUAAACAACUAAUUGCUGACAUCAAAGAUUGCAAAUGUUAUACAUACAGCAAUUUAAGUGGACUUUAAAGAAGAAGAUGAAGAAUAAACUGUAACAGUGCACAGUCUGCACCAGUCCUUUUUUUUCAUUUUUUGAGAAAUGACAGACAUUACAUUAUGUGAUUUUGUAAAUCCAACACAAACUGACAUCAGUUUCACAUGGGGAGGUGUGGCCGAGUGGUUAGAGCAGUGUGCUUGCACUCAGAGAAGGAGGCAAGUACCUGG